AUGUUCACAGAGUUGGAUCUGAAGCCACAGUUGACGGCACCCGUCACUCAACUGUCGUUGGGAUGCGUUGACCCUUUCGAUGGCUUUCGAUUGCGGACCAAAAAGUUCUUUGAUUUUGAUGAACAGAUUAUCACUAAAAGUAAUUGCAUUCAAAUAACAAUCCAAGACAUGGACACACUGUCGGACAUCAUCGCCAAUAUUAAAGCAUUUGAUCCAAUGAUUGUCAUUCAUAAGAAGGAUUACGAUACCAUUGAUUACAUGUUGGACACAAUGUCUAUGGAUUGUCGUGUGUCUGAACUGCCAUUCGGUGUCCGCUAUUCAUUGGAAGCGCUGACCAAUCAUUCGUAUUAUUUGAUGGAUUCGUUGGCAUUCAAUGGCAAUACUUUUGAAGAUUUUGUAGAUUUAGUGCUAGAGUUGACAUCAAUUAACCAAACAUUUGUUGAAUUCUCGUUGAAUGAACUGCAGAAGAAGAUUGAGAACAAUCUGGAUAUGAAUCCGAUAAGAGAUUUGCGCCAAUCGUUCCACACGUACACCAAAAAGGAGCCGAAGAAGUGGACCAACCCUUCUGUUGUAUGCAUUCGUCGAUGUAUUCUAACGCCAACUCGUGUUCUACUGCUGCCGGCGCUCCCACUCCAAGAGAGCCGAUUUAUUCGUACGGCUGAUCCCGAGUAUGUCAUCCGACUCAUCAUCAAAGACGAGGACUUCCAAACACUGACAUUCACUGCGUGCCGAACAUCCCUUCCCGAAGAGCAUACUAUUGUCCAACAGAUCUACGAGUUCCAGAAGAACGUUAUCACAGAUCGUAUUAUAAAUGGCAUCGAAAUCGCUGGAAGAAGAUAUGAACUGUUAGGAGCGUCGACGAGUCAGCUCCGGGAUCACGGGUUUGUGUUGUACGCGCGCGAUACAGAGCACCGGGAUGUGCAGCAUAUAUGCCGACAGAUAGGCGACUUGCAUAGCAUCCGAAAUGCCGGCAAAUAUAUCGCACGAAUCGGUCAAUCGAUGUCUCAAGCGAUGGGUUUUGUUCCGGACGUCCAUUGCGUUGACUUCAUCGACGACAUCACCGGUGGCUCUCAUACGAAGACUGGAGAGCCGUACACUUUCUCUGAUGGCGUGGGUAUGAUAUCCCAAGACAUGGCUAAAGAGAUUUGCUCUACGCUUCACAUCAAGUCUGUGUCCACAUUUCAAAUACGAUACGCCGGCUGUAAAGGCAUUCUUGUGGUGAACCCAACCCUUGCCGGCAAACGAAUACGGAUGAGACCGUCGAUGAAGAAGUUUGAGUCCGACUCUAAAGAGUUAUACGUAUUGAAAGUGGGAGAACAGCGCAGUUGUUAUCUGAAUCGACCGCUCAUUUCAAUACUCAAUCAAAUGGGAGUCGAAAACGACGUGUUCUUAAGGCUACUGUUCACCCGACACAAGCAAUUGGUGGACGCCUUUGGCUGUGACCGCAACGCCAUUGAUCUGAUCCAAGACUAUUCCGGACUGAGAUUAGAUUAUAAGAAACUCUUGGAUUCGGGAAUCGGUGUCUUAAACGAGCCAUUCUUCGUGGAGAUGAUUGAGUCGAUCAUCAAGAAAGUGAGUCUCGAUUUGCGAAAUAAGGCCCGAAUUCUGGUGCCAUUGGACUCCGGGAGAGUGAUGUUCGGCGUAUUGGAUGAGACAAACACUUUGAAUUACGGCGAAGUGUUUGUUCAGUACAGCCAUCACCUCACGAAUAGGAAAUGUAUUCUGGAACAGGAGAUAUUGGUGACGAAGUACCCGUGUAUGCAUCCGGGAGAUGUACGCAAACUAAAGGCAGUGGAUGUGCCGGCCCUCCACCACAUUGUCGACUGUGUGGUGUUCCCGGCGCGCGGUGAGCGACCCCAUCCCGACGAGAUGGCCGGCAGUGACUUGGAUGGCGACGAAUACAGUGUUAUUUGGUUCAGAGACUUGAUAUUUACUAAGGAAAAUGCGGAUCCCAUGUACUUCCCGUCGGGUGAGACCAAAGACUUGGGUCGUGCCGUCACUACCGAAGACUUGUUGGAGUUUAUGGAGCGCUUCAUUGCCUGCAAUCAAGUGGGUCUCAUCGCCACAUCCCAUCUGGUUUGGGCCGAUCGCAAGCCGGACGGCAUAUUCAACGGUAUUUGUCUGAAUCUGGACUACAAAUACGCGGUGGCACUCGACUACGCCAAGACUGGAAUCAAUGCACGGCUUAGGAGUGACCAGAAAUCCGAUAAGUAUCCCGACUUUAUGAUGAAAUACAGCGAACGGUACACAUAUGAGUCCCACAAAGCGUUGGGAAAGCUCUACCAAAGGAACUGCGAUUUUCACGACAUUAUCACUGAGUUUUGUGGACAACGAAAGGAUUUGUUUGAAUUGAAUCCCAAAUUGAUUGACAAGAAUGCGGACCAAUAUAGGAGUGACGCCGAAGAUAUGUUUGAUUUCUAUAAGCGAGCCGUAGAUGACUUAAAACAACAGUUUGGUAUCGAGAGUGAGGCCGCAUUAGUGAGCUCUACGUUCACCAAAACUCAUAAAUACAUGUCCACUCAUAAUGAUAGCAACGAUACCCACGAUUUGAUAUCCAAUAUAGUAUAUAAAUUGUUUAACGAUUUUAAAGAGAAGUUUGAGAGUGGAGUCGAUUGCGAUGCCCAGCGCUUAGCCAAAGCCAGCGCUUGGUAUCAGGUCUCGCACGACAUCAACAGUAAAAACAGUGAUAAAUACUACGGCUUUCCUUGGAUUGUGAGCCAAUAUCUGGCAAAACUUGCCGUCAGGAACGGCUCACAAAGACAUGAUUGCACUCAACAUUGGGACGAACUGAUGGCACAAUCAAACAGAAUUCCAAUACACUGUAUAAAACAAAUAAUUAGUUAUUGUAUUGAGACGACACAUUUGACACAAAAAUUCAAUCAAUACAUCGACCGUAUUGUCAAACAAUUGCUUGAGAAGUAUGACACGACAGACGAUAGAGUGUCGGAAACUAUAAUAAUUGAAUUGUUUGAUAAAUUGAUUGAUAUUAUGUGUGAUAAUAAUGAUGAAAACGACCUCUGGAUGCACAACGAUGUCGAUAAGGUGUCGAUGGCCGCACUCAUAGCUAAGUUCAAAGUGCAAGCAAUCGGUUUAAGGGAUGCCGUCGCACACCAGAUCAGCGUUCGCACCAAUACUGUUGUGUCGGCCGAUCGCCAAGUAUUUGUGGCCAAGAUAUCGGAACAUUUCACCAAAUAUUUCAUAUCUAAUGAGACAACAUAUGCAACAUUUGUGGACAAUUGCGUGAAGGAGACCGGUUUGACGCCAGCGUUCGUAUGGCCCACCCGUGCCGACAAAGGCGAGGCUUCCGUCUGUGUUUACGGCAGUUAUCAAGCGGUCGAAAGGUUUAGGAAAUGGUUUAUUCGCACCAAUUUUAAAGGGUUGCGAAGAGCAUGCUCAAUACGAGUGCCACUACUCCUCACUCCGGCAUACAAUACAAUACUCCGCUUACCGGCCGAUAAGCCUACUUGUGGUGAAGUGAUGUCGAGAUCUUUCUUUGUCGACUCAUUGCUCGACUUAACCACUAAUAAUACGUCGGUUAAGGCGAGUAAAGAGCAAAAUAAUCUAACGGCACAACACCUGAUGGCCAGCCGUGAUAUUGACACCAAACACGCAUUGGAAAGACUACUGAAUGUAAAGGUUGAUAAUGAGAUGACAGUUGGCUUACAUAAGGCUGGCAGUGAUGGUAAACAUGGCAUCGAUUAUCGGCAACUGUUUGGCAACAGUUCUUUAAAUAGAAACUCAUUAGAAGCCAAUCAUUACGGCAAACGUUCUACUGUUCCCCAGCCUCCCGUCUCUCCCGAUUUGGACACUUCAAAGCGAUGCUCACGACUUCGCACAGCCUUCACAUCCACACAAAUCGUUCACUUGGAGUAUGAGUUCAAUAAAAAUAUGUAUUUAUCGCGUCUCCGGCGUAUAGAAAUCGCACACUAUUUGGGAUUAAGUGAGAAACAGGUUAAGAUAUGGUUUCAAAACAGACGAGUGAAGCAUAAAAAGGAAGUAAUAGUCGACAACUCGGGCGGUGGUGUUGAGGCCGAUACGAAAAGUGGCAUAAAGUGUGUGUCGGACGCCUGCAAAUGCCGGUGCGCUCACAGCCUUAUGGAUGGGAACAGUAGUGACAGCAGAAUCGGCACCGAUUGUGAUGAAGGCAUUGUGUGCAGCAGUACUGGCAUUACAACCAAUACUAUGGCCUUUAAUAUUACGGCCAAUAAUCAUAAUAAUAGCAUUAAUAGCUAG